UUUUUUCUGUGUAGUAAUCUGUGCUGGCUGGCUCCGGCCCUUUUCAAAUCUUGGCUCUUCGGGAUUCUCAAAAUCUUAGCUCCGGAGCUAGCUCCCCGGGGCUAUAUCCAGCACUGGUGUGAACCACAUUUUUUUAGACCCCUUUCUGCUUUCCCCUUUUCCAUCCCUUCUCUCCUACAAGCUGUCGAAGCCUCUUCUUUUUUUCAUUUUUAUCAACAUAUUAAAUCAAAAUUUUUUUUAUUUUAAAGUUUUCUGGUGGUAGAAUUAAUGCGUCAAGGCAAAAGUCCAUUUGAAGCAACUAGAGAAGCUAUCUUAAGAAUUAAAAAGUUUUAUCCAAACUUUUUUGGGGGAAUAAUAGCAACGACAAUUGAAGGAAAUUUUGGAGCAGCUUGUUCUGGAAUGGAAGAAUUUCGUUAUUCUUUGGUUAAGAAUAGUGGAGAACGGAGGGUUGAGGUUAUGAAAGUUGUUUGUGAGUGAAGAAUAUUAGGUGGAAAAAUUUAAAAAAAAAUUAUUUUUUGAUUGAAUUUUUGUCCAUAAAUAUAAGCCUUCCUGAAACGUUGAGGGUAAUAAAAUAGGAUAUAUCGGACAACCGAUAAAUACCAAAAAGUAUCGUCUGUACUACGAAUUUUCAACUAUUCUGGAAGGUUUUUUUGUCCUGUUUUUAACAUUUUUUGGCAUUUAUCUGGUUUUUUUUUGUAAAAUCAUGCUUUUAUUGAUAUAAAUGUUCUAAAAAAAUUUUUUAGCUUACAGUAAUUCUCUUUUUAAAAAAAUUUUUUGUAAUUACACAAUAUUAAUUUUUUCAAAAAUUUUUUUUCUAAUAAUUCUCAUUUUUCGUCUUUUUAAAAUGUUCACUUAUUUUAUCAAUAAAUGUUAUAUAUUAGCAUAUAAAAGGAACAUAGUGGCAUUUCAUGUGUGCGUUACAUUACAGCCGAGUGAAGCUUUUAGAAAUUCUCUUUACAUAAUUCUUUGGC